AUGGCCUGGCUCGCAAGCUUACUUAACUCGGCAAUCAGCCCCAACACUGCCGCUCUGGCUUGGCUGUGCUACGACGUCGUUCGGCCAUCGCCCACCAAUGUCAGUGUCUUCGCAGGGUGGAUUCUGUGGAAGAACCAAAAUGCCGUCUUUGGACUCCUGGGCGUGCCGAACCCAACCAUCAGCACCUGGCUGAGUGCCCUCGUCGGCGCAGGCUUUGGGCUCCUUCAACUUCGGUUUUGGACUUGGCUGCUGCGGCCGCCGCCUACGAUAAUUCCUGCUCCGUGCGAAUGGCCUGGAAAACCACUUUUAGUCCCGUCGAGGACGACGCACUCUCGGUUGUUCCCCGAGAAGCACUCUUUUUCCUACUCAUAUCUCCUGGUGGGGAUUCCUGUUGGCUGGACGGGAACUGCAGGUAGCUUGGUGUCUGCUGAUACUCCGUCACGGAGAGGUUGGUAUGAUGUUGACGCUGCAGAUUACCUUGCAAGGGGAAGAGGCUACCUUGGACUGAGAGGCAAGCUCGAUGAAUAUUUGCAGUCCCAGGGAGUCGAACCAGAGCUUUAUCCUUUUGCAUAUCUGGUCACCGCCGCCAAAUUUCUUGGAUAUCAUUUCAAUCCCGUCUCAUUUUGGUAUCUGUACGACUCCAACAAGGUGUUCGCAGCUAUGAUCCUGGAGGUCAACAACACUUUUGGCGAAAGGCGAAUGUACUUUCUUCUCCCUUCGGAACCCAAAGCCAUCUCGGAUAUAGAUGCAAAUGGAGCUGCAAAACCAGAUGCUACAGCAGAAGCCUCGACUCAAGAGCCCACCAGGUUCACCCAGACAUGGCCCAAAGACUUUCAUGUUUCGCCGUUCAACUCACGCAAAGGAUCCUAUUCCGUCAGUGCGAAGGACUUUCUCGGACCAAACAUGCAAGGUCCUGGAACGAUCGACGUCAGCAUUGUGCUAAAGUCGUCAAAGGGUCAUGGGAAGCUCGUGGCCAGAAUAUUCUCGGAGGGAAAUACCAUAGACCCGGUCAGUCUAGGAGCCUGGCAGCGACUUGAUUUCCUGGCACGUUGGUGGUGGGUAGGCUUCGUCACCUUUCCGAGGAUCGUCAAGGAGGCAGGUCGUCUUUUCUUCCAGAGAAAGCUGCAUGUCUGGUAUCGCCCCGAGCCGCUCAAGGACAGCAUGGGACGAAUGGCGGAUGAGACAGAGAGAAGGCUGGAGGCCGUCUUCAGGUUCUAUCUGAAAUUCCACGUCGUGGCCAAGGCAGACUCUGCUUUGGCAGUCAGAUACUAUGCAAGUGGUACCGAGGACGGUGCAGGAGAUCUUAUGGUCUCUGAUGUAGCGCGGCGACAGGGACAUUGGGGAGAUGGAGAAAUCACUAUCAAAGUCCUCACUCCAGCGUUUUACUCCAGAUUUGUCGGCUAUGCACAUGACCUGGAAGCAUUCUUCUGCGAGCUCAGAGACAGCGAGACUAUAUGGGUUUCGAAACCGGAGCUGUUGCCAAAGCUGGCUCUCAAGACGCCAUCACCAACCCUGCAAGCUUCAAGUUUGAUGGACUUUGUCUCCUUCAGGGUAAUACAAAUCCUUCGACGACGGCCAGAGCGCAUUGAGCGGCCUUUGACCUCCAGCCAGACCACGGAUACCAACAACGGGCAGACGAAAAGCGGCGACCUGAGAGGCUUUCGCAUUUCACCCAUGGAUGCGUAUGUGCUAUCCUCGGAGGAUGCGAUAACAAAGGAAUCAUAUAGAAGCACUGUCCUGAGACUCUUUCUCGCGGAUAGGAUGGCUUUUGGCAUUAUGCCGCUUUAUGACAGCCUACUGUUUACACUCCGAGCAGUAUUCGCAGGUGUUUUGGCUUUUUCCGUGGAUAAGAUGCUGUCCAGAGUAAUAUAG